AUGUGUCGUCCAAAAAAGCAAGAUUUGGAAGAGGAAUCAGUUUGUGAAAGAUCGUAUCAGGAACCACAAGAGAAUGCUCUGCAUGCGAUGAUACUUCAACAACAAAUCGAGCUCGAACAGUUGCUUCAAACAGUGGAGAAUCUCAAGAAUGAUAUUAUUCAGUUACAUGAUCAAGAGCAAAAAUUGAUUCAACGGUUAACUCUAAUGAAACAGUCUCAAAGUUCAAUACUAUGUGAUAUCUAUUCAUUUGUGUCCAAUAAAAAGGUUCUUGUUUUUGUCUCUGGUUUUCUCACAGGCUUCUGUAUUAUUCCCACGAUUAGUAGAAUGUUUUCUUCAGCACGUGUUUUGCUAUGA